AUGGCCGCGGCUGGAGGCGGCACCGCCGGCCGGUGGAGCGCGGGGCGGGGCGGACGGGGCGUGUUUCCGGCCAGCUCAGCAGGCGCUUUCCGCUCCGCCGCCACGACCCCCGGUAAUCGCGGGGAGGCCGCGCCGCGCCCCGCCAACGGCAAGGCCCUGCCCGGGAGCGCGGAGACAGCUGCCAAGAGGAGCGAGAAGCAGCCCGAGAAGCGCCGCCGCCAUGCUGAGCGUGUUCCGCUCCAUCCCCACGCAGAUGGUCAUGUGGUCAAGACUGCAGAGGAGCUGUUUUCAGCCACUGACUACAAGGGCCAAAAAUUAGCAGAACAGAUUUUUCAAGGAAUCAUUCUUGUCUCUGCAGUAAUUGGUUUCAUCUAUGGAUACAUCACUGAACAGUUUGGAUGGACUGUCUACAUAGUUAUGGCUGGAUUUGCUUUAUCGUGUUUGCUGACACUCCCUCCGUGGCCCAUGUACCGUCGCAAUCCCCUCAAGUGGCUGCCAGUCCAGGAGUCGGGCACUGAAGAGAAGAAGACAGCAGACAGGAAGCCAAAGAGACAUUCUAAAAGCUGAAAAAUUAGUUUCCAGGCUGUUACUUUGUUUGUUAAAUUAAUUUCCUCUGAGAAAUACUUCUUGGCUUAGUGUUUAGGUUUUUUCUUAGUACUUUGUAUACAACCAAACUCAGCAGGGAGCAUGAAGGCUGGAAAUCGGGUUUGGAGUUUCAGGGGAGUCACUGGGACCACAGGGGUGGGGGGAUUAACUCCAGAAAGCUACUGGAGGUCACAUCUCAAGUAUUUCACUAAAAAGGAACACAGUGAAUAAAAUUAAUUCUAGCUAAUUGUUGCCGUAGCCUAAAAGAUAAUAAAGAGCUGGACUUCUACUGAAA